AUGGAGGAUCGUGAUGGUAAAAAACCUUUCAUUAUACCUAAGACUCAUACGUCAAACAAAGACGUUAUCAUUUCGGAGAAGCCGGAUAGUCGAAAUGUAACUGAGUUGUUUGAAGAUAUCAAAUCCUGUGCAUUGGAAGCUCAUUUUGACUUCCGACAGAAGAAUUGCAAAUCCUGCGAUACAAUUCGAAAUCAAAAAUUGCUAAAACUAUAUAACGAAAAACGUUUGAAAAUGAAGAAGGAACAAGAUCCAAUCGAACGUUUAGCUUUCCAUCUAGUGAAUUACCGUGAUGUUGCAGCGAACGUUGCCAGUGAUGGCCUAAAUUGUGAACAAUUAUCGUUUCCAAUCGAGAAAUAUCUUGGUAAUCCGAAAGACGGUAUACAUUUAUCAAAACGUCCAGAUGUCGUUCUAACAUCAUCCGGUGCUCAAGGACUGUAUCGAUUUGGACUACUCGUUUGUAAAGUUCUUCUGGGUAAAGGUUAUCCAACUCUGCCUUCAAUAGCUAAUAAUCAAUUGGCUGCACAAGUUAAUUAUGAUCAUCAUUAUUGCAAAAUCCAAGCGAUAAACAAAGAGCAACGUCACAUCGAUGAUCUUUUGGCAAAUUCUUUAAUUUUCUGCUAUGAACAUGAGAAUUUUGAACCUGUUUCUCAUCCACCUCAAAUUUUGCCGAUUGCUAUUCUCUGGUACGAUCUUAAAGACAAAUUUCCGCCAGAACUAACAUCUACACAUCUAUCAAAAGUAACAUUGACUCAAGAAUCUCAACAGCGAAAUGGGAAAACUGCCAAUAGACGAGUAGCAAUCAAAAGUAAAACAUCCAAACCAACUGUCUCCGUUCCUGACAAACUGUCAACAUCCGGUACGUGGAACACACCUGUUCCAGAAACACCAGUAACGGAGCACACAACGACUACCAAUACAUCUGACUCGUCGUCGACAGUAACAGCAGCCAAGUAUCCUAGUCAUCUAAUGGUCCCAUAUCAUCGAGUUUACUCAACUCCAGCAGUUGUAGUAACUACAAAUAAUGAAGAGACAUCACUUAAUAUUCCCCAAAUCGUACAAUCUUCUCGUGAUCCUCGUUUAACGCGCACAAACCGUGAUCGAAAUUCCCUCUCGUCAGACACGAAUCCACUAUCUCCGCAAAGUGCACAAAUUGAACGGUCAUUAUCUGAGAAUUCAUCUACAACGAAACCCUUCUCAGAUGAACUGGUGUUGAUCGCCAAAAGUACUUCAUUGAUCUACAUUCCAUUGAAUUCUUCUUCGCCAUUGCUUGAUCCACGUUUGAAAACUUUGAAAUCAACACGGAAUGUCUUCUUUCUUGAACCACAAGCCAUCAAACAUGCAUUACAGCAGCAAAAACGUCUGAAUCAUUAUCAUGAUUCAAAAAGUGGCUUACCACCUAGAACAAGUUAUUCGCCCGUGCCAUAUCUUGUUCGUGAAGUGUCGAAUGAAGAAUAUGAACGAUUAAUCAACGAAUCGAACAACUCGUGUAAACUCGAUAAAUAUUCCAAUGGGGUUGAUUGUUCAGCGUUGCAUAUCUCUGUGUUCGAUUGUUUCAAUUUUGGAUUCGUCCAACCGUCAGCUACAGGUUCCAUGUGUAUUGAUUUAGAGCGGAAGGAAAAUAAGGUGGCUUAUAAGCAGAUCGAGAUGUGUAACGAAUUGAUCCAGCGUGAAAAGCAAUUGAAUUCUCAACAAAUACGCCUCCAUUUGCGUGACAAACGACAACGACGGAUUCAGCAACACUUGGAUGAGAAGAAGAGCCGUGAAAGGCAUAAUUCCAAAUCCACAUCGUUGAGUCCUUCACUAUCGGCUCACUCGAAAUCAUACAUAGCAUCAGGAAGAAAAUUAUUGAAAGAUCAUCAAGUUUCAUCUACAUCAUCAACGCGACAGUUAUCACCAGAUCUAUUUGAUUUCUUUUCGCAAGAGUACAGAACCGAAACUCGUUCACACGUGAAACAGUUGAUUGCUGAGCUUGUUGGCAUUUUCAUUGAGAAAUAUCAUACCAAUCCGAAUGUAACUAAAAUAAAAGGUCAUUUACCAGAAGAAUCUGAUGUCGAUAGUCGAACGAUAAAUUCUGUAAUCGACAUGGAUGUUGAUUCGCCAUCAUCUCAGGGAUUAUGUGAUCAUGACGAACGCUUUCGGAUUCCAACACCACCUCCACCACCGUUACCACCACCGCUAGCACUACCGCCCCUGCCACCAACAAUCGAAGCUGUUAUAAAUCCGUCAAUGCUCUCGGAUCGUCUCGCACCUACUCUGGCCAGUGAACCGAAUAAAAUGUUUGAUAACUCGAAUUAUAAUAAUCGUUGCGACAAAUUAUUCGAAGAAAUAAGACAGCACAGGAAGAAAGAACCGAUAUCAACAAAUUUACUUAUUCCAGCUAAAACCGAAGCAACUUUGUUGUCAGAAGAAGUUGUUAUCAAUAAAUGUGUGGAACAAUUCGAAUUGUCAACAAGCGAAGGUAGUUCAUUGGACGACAAUCAAUGUCCUAACGAAGACGAGGGUGUACAAGAUGAAGAAAAUACACUUCUAUCCGCGUUACAGGAUUCAAGUGCGGCUAUUGAUGAAGAUUCGAAUCGAUUUCGUGAUGAAUUUGUUAAGUUAUUAACGAAAGAAGCUUACAUAUCAAAAUCAUCGAGCCCAACGAAAGAUCAGAGUGAAUCCAAGCACUUGCAUGAGCAUACACCUCAGCGAAGACGAUCGCAUGAUGAAAGUAAUGAUAAAGUUAGAAAAGACGGAUUCCUAAAUCAUUCGAAUUCAUUGAAUAAUACAAAUCGGUACGUUCAAUCGUCGGAAAAGAAAAUUUCUUCAACUCGAACAGUAACUCUUGUUUCUAAUCGAACGGCGGUAUUAACAGAAAACCAUUCUGUAUCGAAGCAACUCGAGUCUCCAUUAGACAUCAAUAGACAUGUAGAAGAAGAGCCAACAAAUAAACGUAUAAAAAUUGAUUCGAUUGCUUUUCCAGUAACACCGACUGAUGAAAUUGACAAUCAACAAGUAGUAGAUUCGAAUGGUAUUAGUUCGAAAUCUGGUAUUACAGUUUCAAUCGUUAAUAAUGACCAUGAUUAUCGACGAGAUCUGAAUGAAAAACGGCGAACAACAUCAAAAACGAAGUCGUCACGUUCUUGUUCACGUUCACCGUCAAAUGAUCGACAUCGUUCGCACUAUUCACAACGACAUCGGUCACCCUCACAUAACUCAUCAAACAGGACUUUGAAGAUCUCAUCCGAAUCUACUACAAGAUUGAGAAAUCAUUCACCAUUGUCGUCUUCGUCCUCGUCGUCGCGAUCAUCAUCACACGAUAAUCGCCACCGAUUACAACAGAAAUCAAAUCGUCUUGAACAUCAUACCGAACGCAAACGAUCGUUUGACAUAACAAGUCGUCCUUAUCAACAUUCAACAAGUUUGUCGACCGAACGACAAGACAAGUUCAACGAUGCUUCUUACCGAAACACUCUCUCAAACAUAUACCGUCAACGAAAUGUAGACGAUACAAUUCAGCCACAUAAUGCACAUUCUCUGUCCCAACAACAACCUGUAGGUCAUAGGAGAUUUAAUUACAAUCAUCAAUCCGUUGCUAACCAUCCACGUUUCGCAAACAUAACUCCAUUAUCAUCGGCACCAAGUAUAAAAUAUGACUAUGCAAAAUCAUCAUCUGAUCAUCAUCGAAGUCGUAGUCCUGCUUCGGUUUCCAUGAUCAAUCGAAAUGUCACUUCAUUCCAUAAGGAGCCUAAUCAUCUUGAUCAAGUCGAACCAGAGGAAGACUUAUAUACUGAUCGUUUCGAUUUGAAACCAUCGCAUACAAUCGAAUGCUUACAAAUGUUGCUACAAAAGAAAACUACGAACUGA